AAAUAAAUAACAACAAUAAUAAUAUUAUAACAAAGGGACACAUGGUUACAGUGCUAAAACCUAUAUAAGCAAACCAUUUUGUCAGCAUAUACACAGAGGCUGCCAAUCUGGCUCUCUAGCUUUGUUAAACUACGUGACUUCCUGGGACUUGUAGUUCUACAAUAGCUGCAUAAGCCAAAGAGUACCAAUCUCAGGACAAGACAAUGCUGGCUAUAAAGAGCAUACAUACAAUAUACUGAUUAUGUCAGUGUAAUAUACAUGUAACAUACAAGUGACUACAAGUCACUAUAACCAACAUUCUGUAACUUACACAUCCCUCCAGCACUGCAGGGGUUAAAGGAUAUACGUCAUCAUAGGGCGACAGUGUGGGUAGGGGGGACCUUGGGUGUUUACAGUACACAAAACAAUGACAUACAUUAUUCUUUUAUUUAUGCAGCAUGCGGGAGUGAUUGGUGUAAUAGAUGUGUCAGUGCUGAGUCUCCUUGUUAUGCUGAGGAAGGCCCCGUACAUCUGUGUGCUGUGCCUCAGUAGGCGACAGGAUAACCGUAUGUCACAUUCCCCCCUGACAGGGACCCCAGGCUUUGUGCGUGCUCCGGAAGUCUUCCACAGCCUCGGAUACAUUGUAUCACUGACUGCAACCUGUGCUGCUGCUGUGUCCCUGCUGUGUGAUCAGCGCUGUGCCGGCCGUGUAUGCGGUGCUGGCUGCUGUGCUAUCCCUUCAUGUACUAGUACUGGGACAACAGAUCGCUGAUCAGCCAGCCCUGGGCUGAGGACACCCUGUGUUAAUAACCCCGGACAUGUACAAUGCUCAGUCAGUGCACAGGCGCAAUAACCCUGAGACUGCCUGAAAAGCAGAUGCAGAUUGUAAAUCAUCGUGAAGUCUCUUUUGCCAGAUCUGCAUGGAAGGGACACAUAAGCUUUCCAAUCACCCCAUUUGCAUUAUGUACUGUAUGGCAGAGUGAAAAAUUAAAAACAAUCCUUUUCAAUUAUUGGAAGAAUACAUCUAUUUUCAAUACACCAUAGUGAAGCACCUUGAAGUAGCUUUGAAUAACACUCAGCGUUACAUGUAACCGGUCAUGGACUCUCCACCUUUGUGACAGUGUAAUGUGCGAUCUGUAACAACUGGCCCGGCAUGUUGUAUCUGAGGUCCUUUGCUAUCACACAGUAACUGAAGUCCACACCACGCAGUAGCUGAAGAGGACAAAUAAAAGCAGAUAUCGACUUUGUGCUGUACCCAGCGCAGGGAGGACGCCAGCGCCAUCAUGGAUAAGAAGUCAUUUGAGAUGGUGCUAGAUGAAGUGAGAAAGGCAGUGAUGACAGAGUAUAAAGUCAAGGCCUUGGAUUAUGUGCAUGGAUAUUUUUCCUGUGAACAGGUGAUUGAAUUAUUAAGAUAUUUCUCCUGGGCAGAACCUCAGCUGAAGGCAGUGAAAGCCUUGCAGCAUAAAAUGGUCGCCAUACCUGCAGCAAAAGUUGUGAAUAUACUGAAUUGUUUCACGUUUAGUAAGGACAGACUGAGUGCGCUGGAGCUGCUGGCAGUAAAUAUACUUGAUGCUUCGAAUUAUCGACCAGUUGAAGAGCUGUUCAAAAUCAACCUGACUGAGAAAAAACGUUGCAGAAGAAUUCUAGAACAGGCUGCAAAGAGUGGCUGCAAAGCUCCGAAUGCUAUGAUUUCUUCCUGUGGGAUGAUACCUGGAAAUCCAUACCCAAAGGGGAAACCCAGUCGUGUCAAUGGAAUAUUCCCUGGAACGCCAGUGAAAAAAGAUGGAGAAGAUACGAAUGAAGGGAAAGGAAUUGCAGCUCGAAUACUUGGACCAUGUAAACCGCCUCCGUCUACAUAUAAUCCUCACAAGCCUGUGCCGUACCCAAUACCACCAUGCCGGCCUCACCCGACCAUUGCUCCAAAUUGCUAUGGGAAGUCAAUGGCGCUAAAGAAGGAACAGUCAAACUUAAGUACCUCUGGAGAAGGUCAAAGUUUAUCUGAAGGGGAAGGGGCAGCAACCCAUAGUACAAGUUGUCGGGAUUGGGCUAAGAAAAGCGAGAAUUACAGUGCAUAUAUCAAUGGUAGUCUCAUUUCUGUUGCAAAUGUAGCUCCCGGAACUCUGCCUCCACCCCCUUAUUCUCCUAAUCCUGCCUCCCUGGCCACCGGAAUUGAAGAUCCUGCUGCUCAAGCGAAAGCUACAACCAAUCAAGCUACUGCUUUGGGAAAUCCACAUAAUUCUCCACAUGGAACCAACUCAUCUGCUCCCCCUACACCUUCUGCCACACCGUCUCCAGCUUCUCCCGCUAAGACCAUAAACCCGCCUUCCACUCCUACAACACCUUCACUUUCCGGAAUGAACAUGCCUACUUCCCUGGCAGCAUUUCCUGGGCAAAUCACACCCUCCAUGGCUUCUCCUAAGUCAUCUACACCAACUGUUAUAAAAAGUGCUCAGAUGUCCUCCAGUACUCAUACAGCUGCCAGUGCACGGUCAACACCAAGCCCUGCGGUAUUUCCUGGUCUUCCACCCACUACCAUUCCAACACCACAUAGUUCCUCUUCACUCUUUGCCAGUCCUGGUCCCAAUGAUACUUUGUCUCCUUUGACACUUCCAGGCCUCCCAUUUUCUGCCACAACGUCUACAGCCUCCGUAAGCACUGCCAACAUGAUGCCAUCAAUAUUUGCUGGCCUCCCAUUGUCCUUAAAUCCUGCAUUCCAGGGCAUGGCUAGUCCUACACUAUCUGAUAUUGCCGGAGUUGCUGGACAAAUGAAUAUAGGCAAUCCAUUGCUAUCUGUUUUAAAAGGAUUUUUAGCUUCAAAUGAUCCAUCAUUAAUGAAUUCACCUUCAAUGCCUUCUGUGCCUGGACUUCUGCCAUUGCCAAGUCUUCAAAACGCAGAUUCUGUCUCAGCUUUAAACAAAUGUUUUACUCCUACAUGUUCAACACCUACAUCUCAGAGGACUACCACUCCAGAAAUGUCUAUGUUCACAGGGUCAUCUUCUCCAUCAUUAUCAAAUCCAAUUUCUACAUCCACUUCCAUACCAGGACAACCUCUGAUGCCCUCUCCCCUUAGUUGCAUUCCCACAGUUUCACAGGGUCAGAAUCCAUCCGUUUCCAUGUCUGAACAAAGUCUUUCUUCCAUGACUGCAUCCAGUAUCUUAGCUAAAGCUGAAUCAGCUAGUUCUUCACCUUCUGCUUUCAAAGGCCCUUCACACUCAGCAACGCCAUUGCAUGGCUCUCUAGGGUUACCUGCCAUGCUGAGCCAUAUUUUUCCACCUGGUCAUGGUAGCCUGUCUAAUUCAAUGAACCCUGGUUUGUCAGGCCUUUCCUCAAUAAAUGGAAACCUAGGUAGCCCAACCCUGUCUUCAAUAGCAUUGGGUUCCUCUACAGCAAUUCCUCCAGUUUUUUCUCCAUUCACUUCAUUGUCUAAUGGAUCUCCAUUUGCUGGUAGUCCAACCCUAACACCUAAUGCAUCCAUGUUAACAUCUGCCACUUCAUCAGCUUCUAUAACCCCACCACUGACAUCAUCAGUGUUUCCUGGACUUUCUGCACCAUCAUCAGCUGUUUCUCCUUUUCCGCUGAACCUGUCCACUGCGGUCCCUUCACUGUUUUCUGUACCACAAGGACCAUUAGUCUCAUCAAAUCCAUCGUUUCCCGGUUUUCCAGCAUCUAGCUCCCCAUCAAUCAAUCCAGGUCUACCCGCUCUUCCAUCUUUUCCUGUACUUCAGCCUCCCUCUACAGCAGUUCCAACAGGGCCAGCAGCUGUGACUGCCCCAUCACCAGCGUCCGUUCUACCUGGAUUUGCUUCGGCUUUCAGUUCCAACUUCAACUCUGCUCUUGUUGCACAAGCUGGGCCAUCAGCAUUUCCCCUUCUCUCUCUUUCUGGUCUUCCUGGAUUUCCGCAAAGUCCCUCCCAGUCUCUGCAAGGAUACCAGCAGAGUGCAGCAGCCGCCGCCGCAGCAGCUGCUGCAGCACAAACUGCAUUAUUACAGGCUCACUCGGCUUCUGCCCUGGAAGGGUUUGCUACUCAGGCAGACGCCUUUGCUGGUUUCCCGACAGGACCCGGAACACCAUUUCCUCUUCAGCCUGGAUUGCCCCAGCGUGGCUGGCAGUAAUGUUAAUCUAUUCAAACUGAGAGAAGUUCUUCCAUUUAGUAACACUGAUGACACAUUGCCUGUC